CUGCUCAGUGACAACAGCAUUCAGGGGGAGAAGCAAAGAGAAGCGCUUGAGUUUUGCUUUACAUCGGGGAGAAUGCGCUCCCUUCUCGGACUAGCCGUUGUUGUGACCGCAGCCACCCUGUACCUUUACCAACUGUCUCUGUACCUUCCUGCUGGACCACGAAGGCAUCCUCAGCCGUGUCCAGAGGGGAGGGAGUUCCAGCAGAGCUGCGACGCCGCGGGGGAACUCAGCAGGUUGAAGUUCCCAUCAGACCUGGAGGACCUGCAGGAACUUUCUGAACUUUUGCAGUUUUACAAAACGGAGCACACCGCAUAUGUCCUGCUCCUGUUCUGCAGUGCAUACCUCUACAAGCAGUCUUUUGCCAUCCCUGGAUCAUCUUUUCUGAACAUUCUUGCAGGAGCUAUCUUUGGACCGUAUCUAGGACUGCUCCUUGCCUGUGUGCUCACCACGGUGGGCUCCACCAUGUGCUACCUCCUCUCCCAAGCCUUUGGAAAACAACACAUCAUAAAUCUGUUCCCAGAGAAAGUUUCCAUGCUACAGAAAAAGGUGGAAGACAAUCGAGACUGUUUGUUCUUCUUCCUGCUCUUCCUGAGAUUUUUUCCCAUGACUCCCAACUGGUUUCUGAACAUGUCUGCCCCCAUCGUCAACAUCCCCAUCACAUACUUCUUUUUCUCAGUAUUUAUUGGCCUGCUGCCCUAUAACUUCAUCUGCGUGCAGACGGGCUCCAUGCUAUCAGAGGUUUCUUCGCUGGACAACCUGUUCUCCUGGGAGCACCUCCUGCAGCUGCUGGCCAUUGCCCUCAUGGCUCUGGUGCCCAGUGCCGUCAUCCGUCGCCUCAGCCAGAGACGUGUCAAGCUGGCCGUCCAGCCUCAGAACGGACUUGACUCAGAUAAGAAGGUGCAGUGACUUCGCUGGAGGGUUUAUACGUUUUAUCCACUCAGUUUUCAGAUGCCUUCUGCUCUCCAGAGCAAACAUGUUCAAAGUGGCAGCUGUUCAGAAAAAACUUUGACGCUCGACUGUGUCGUUGUUUUUGGUUAUGGAUCGCUUUACCCCCAUCAGAGUUAUGUGGAGAUCAACAGGAAACUGCUUUUCUAAAAAAAAUACAAAUGCAUUUGAUGGACUUUUUUUUUUUUUUUUUUUUUUUUUAAAGAAUGUUUUCCAGUUUUGGUGUUUUUUAUUUGGGAAAUGUAUGAAUGUACGUACAGGAAUCAUGAAGAGGAGAGAAGAUCGUUUUGCACUCAUGUUUGGCAACAAGAGUUCUGCUAUAGUUUAAACUUUGCGUUCAAAGUGCCUGUUUUGUUUUGGCCUUUAAAUUCUACCUCCAUGGACUCACUGAAAUAUUAAUGUGAAAACCGCGAAAGGCCUGCCCGUAUUUCUGCAGAUUAGAUGAUGUCUCCUGGGUUUAUGCUUGUCCUUUUUCUGUUUGUAACUUAAAAAUUGGUGAGUCUUAAGAAUCCACAUCAGUCAGUCACAACAUUAAAGCAUACCAGGCCUUAAAUGUUCACUAAUGUAAAAUAACAAAAGUAAGGAGCCAAACCUUUGAAUCUAAAGCCAUUCUAUGUUCCUGGAAAAAACCCAGAUCAACAAAGGCUUCGUUCAAUAAAUCCACUGGACCCACAGCCAAUUCCCCACUGCCACUGCAGGAGAUCCAGAGCUCCCCUGUUCACAAUCUGAAGGGCCACACUUGUUUUUGUGGAGCAGAAAAAAUCUUCACAGCCUAAUAUUUUAAAGCGGGUAAGGAUGGCUUUUAUUGAAUGCUUUUCCGUUCUUAUUGCUGAAUUCUUUACUGAAUUUGAACUGCAAAGUUAUUUCUGAGCUGGUGAAGCUUUGAGGUACAAACUCUAUUGCCUCUUUUUACAAAUUAUGUGUCUGUUUGCUGUGGGUGCAUUUCUUUAUGCCUUUGAAAUGGUUUUGCAUUUGCCUUUUCUAUUAUUGAGAUGUCAAUUAUUUUAAAGGUAAUGUAAUGCUCAGCAAUGUUAGCAUUUAGAAACUAAUCACAUUUUAAUGCAGCACUUGGGUUAUUUACUGGGAUACCCAGUUAAGAUAUGUAAAAAGCCUUAAAGUAAAGGAAUCUUUAAUUGUAGCAAAAUUGAACAUCAAACCCAUAAGAUGCGGGUUUGAUCUUAUGGGUCAAACCCAGGAGAUGGGUCAUAAGUACAUUCAUUUUGUGUGGGAGAACAUGAAAGAGUUUUUUUUUUUUUUUACAGAAUGUAAAUUUUGCUGUUAUUCUUUUACAGUAAAUAUAACAUAUAUUUUCAAAGUUGAGUUGUUUCAAGGAACUUUUAAACUUGCCACUAUUUAAAAUGGAAAAGACAAGAAGUCUGACUGAUCUGUGUGGAUCUUCAAAAGCUAUGUGCUUAAACUUUCUCCUAUUUACAUCCAGAGUAAUAAGAAAAUGAGUCUUUAAAACAACUAACUGUGACAGCCAAGACUGGGCAAGAAAGGCAAGUCAUAACAAGAUGGCGAGAGGUUAAAAAUGCCAAAACAAAGUCCCCUUAGCUACCACUACAUACUCUGUACACACCAGCAAGAAACUUUUAUACCUUAACAAGCAUUUUUUUUUAACUAACUGGAAAUGUCUGCUUUGCUCAGAUCAGACUAAUGAGAUUGGGCUUUUGGGCAAUACUGCUGGUGGGUGUUGAGUGUCAGAAAAAAGGACAAAUCUGUGUAAAAGCACUCAUGUCUUAUGUGAUCUGUGAUCUUUCUCUCAUUUAAAGGUUAGUGGAUGGCAUCAUGAGCUCUUUCAGGUGUCAUCACCAUUUUAAAUGAAAACUUAAAUGGCUGAUAGAAGACUGAAUAACUUUCUAUGAGCUUCUCAAUCCUGUACGAAACUGACUCUAAAAGCUCCAACCUUGUUAAAUGUUACAGGAGAAGAUAAAGUGCUUCAUGAUUGGCAGUAGAGGGUUAUUAAAAGGCAUUUAUGACAAGUGCGCUUGUAAUUGAAUGUACUCAAAGCUUGGAUUUCUCUAAAAUGCUUUUGUGUUACAUUGUUUCUCCAAUGAAAGAUAAAUUUAUUUCAAGGCUUUUUACAAGGGUGCUAAUAAACACAAUCAGUUCUGUAAUAGGACUCAGUUUGGCGCUGGAAAAAUACAUUGGACCAUCUUUAUUUAUUUCUAUUUAAAUCUGAUUUGCAGUAUUGUUUUCUGAAAGUACAUCCUGUUGGUGGAGUUGUAAUACAAGGACUUCUUUGUGCAAUGAUUGGUUUUGCAGGUAUAAGUGUUUCAAGAAAUAAAAACAAAACAAGCUUCUUUUUUUUA